AUGAAAAAGGAUUCCCUUGAGCCAGAAGAUUUUGAAGAUAAUCUGCAACUGCAUUCCAAAUGUGGCGUGCAUGUGCAACUACUCUACUUUAUUUCCUCGAUUGUUUGCGUUGUAUUCGAUCUGAUUGGGAUCGUGAUUCUGCUAAUAUUAUUCAUGUACCCAGAGUUUCAUAGGCAUUCGGUCAUUUAUAAACAAUUACUUCAAGUAGGUCUAGUCGAUCUAAUUACUUCAAUAAAUUUAGUAUUAUGACAGGACCAGGCCCUACUAUUAUCAUAUAAUUUUCAACGCAGUUCUUUUUCUCUGGAUAUUCCUGUUCUUUGCUCAUAUUCUUUGUAUCGGAGUUGGUUUAUUUGGAGUGAAGGUAGGUGCUCUAUACAGACGAUGGAAGUUCGUAGUUGCGGAGACCCUAUCUGAUGUUGCCGCAGGUCGUUCUGCUGAUUGUCAGGCUCGGUAUGCUCAUUAUCGUCUUGUUCGGCCUUAUCACCGUUAAUUUCAUUGGCUCGGAACUCCUGAUUCCUACUACUUUAGUGGUGUUUUUAUUUAGUAUGGUUUCGGGGUAACGUUUUGCAAUUAGAGGGUGUAUUUUAUUUAGAUUGUAUUUAAUGACCUCCGUUCUUUGUUUCCGUUACGUCCGCGAGAAGCAUGACAUGAUCCAGAAAAUAUUGGCUAGUGCAAAAUCUGUCCAUUUCAAAGAUAAAAAGCGAAAGAAAUAAAUAUCUGCAAAGCGAAAGAGAGGUCACCCGAAACAGUGGGGAUUUAUUCUCUGAGCUUGCUCGUUUCUUCGGGCCUUGAAAAAGUUCAGUUCUUUUCCGUCUUGCAAACUCUGCUAUGAGCGAUUUGGAAUGUGAACUAAAAGAGUAGUGAAUAUUCUAAAACCUUUAUGCUUUGGAGUCCAAAGCUCUUUUCAAGGUUUAUUUCCCCUUUUAAACAUAUCAUUCUGGGUGUGGAGAAGCCUCCGAUGUUUUGUUUUCCCCGUCCAGUGCCCGGCGAUCUCAUCUUUUUUUGUCGCAACGCUGUUUCCCAGGAAUUCGAAGCCGCCGUUCUCGAAGUGGCUGUUGUUGAUUCAAAUGUUUAUCACGUAGCGUUGGUUGUGGACCGCGAGCAUGUUGUUCAUGCUUUGCCCGACCGUGGGGUUGUUCAGGAACCGAUCUCUUCUGCUCUUCGAAGUUUGUCUCCAGAUUAUAUUGAGCUGGCUUCUCUGGAUGUAGACACAAGUUGGAAAGAGAGAGCGUGUGAGAAAGCGAAGAAAGAGGUUGAUCAGGCCUUUUAUAAUGAUCUGUUUUCCUGGGAAUGUCUGGAUUCUCAGAAUAGAAGAGCGUUUUAUUGUUGUCAGUUGGUCGUUUGGUCUUAUUAUCAGAGUCAUCCUGAUCACAAGAACCCCUUCCUUGCGCAUCAGUUGAAUUUUAAGAACGCGGAUGGAGUCAUCAGUGAAUUCUGGAUUAAUUACUAUAGACAACGAGGCCGAUCUGUUCCCCAAGACGAGCCUGGAUCUCAUCCUUCCAAGCUGAGGAUAUCCCCCGGCGUUCAAAUCAAAGCCUCCAGACCAUCUAGGAUGAGUUCGAAGCUCUCAAUCCCCAGGACUUUUCUGAAGAAUCUUCAUUAUGUUAAUGGAAGCUACGGAUCCGAGGGGUUGUCCAAUAAAUUUGUUGUUUACGAACCAAGGUCAGGUAGGUAUUUAAAUAUUUUAUGCAAAGGUUACCAGAAGAGAUCAGGGUUUAUUCUAAAAUAUUUAAUCAUUCUAGGCGAAGUGUUAACGGAGAUAGGGUCAGCAACAACGCAAGAUGUCCAUGAAGUCGUUCAAGUUGCUAAAGAAGGGCAAAAAAAGUGGGCCCAGCUUGGGUGGCAACAGAGAGGAGAAGUUCUCAGACGAAGUGCAGUGCUCAUUCGAGAAAAUGUUGAUCUUCUGGCUGAUUGGGAGGUGAGGGAUAAUGGGAAGCCGAUCAAUGAAGCAAUUGCCGACGUCUUAUCGUGUGCAGAGACUUUGGAUUUUUUUAGCAGUGAGUUGUUGCCGAAUAAAUAGUAGUUCUUUAGACCCAAAUUUGGCUGGGCAAUACUUACCAUACGAUGGAGAUGACCAGAAAUUUGCAUACACGAAAAGGGAACCUCUAGGAGUUGUUGGUGCUAUUGGAGCCUGGAAUUAUCCGAUUCAGACCGCAUCUUGGAAGAUAGUUCCAGCCAUAGCUUGCGGCAAUUCUAUUAUUUACAAACCAAGUCCAUUAACUCCGGUUACUACGGUAUGACUUCAACGUAAUACGAGUACUUUAUGUUUAGGUUCUUUUAGCCGAGAUCUUAACCAUGGCAGGGAUACCCGAUGGAGUUGUAAACAUUGUGCAAGGAGAAGCAGACACUGGAACGGCUAUUUGUAAACAUCCUGACAUUAGAAAGGUCUCAUUUACUGGUAGUGUUGCGACAGGAAAGAGAAUCGCUCAGAACUCGAAUAAUGAGAAUAUAAAGCCGGUGACUCUGGAAUUGGGUGGGAAGAGCGCUUGCGUUAUUUUUGAUGACGCUGAUAUUGAGGUAGCCGUCCAUGGAGCCAUGAUGGCGAAUUUUUACAGCCAAGGUGAGUAUUCGUAACCAAAGUUUAUUUUCUUUAGGACAAGUUUGCUCGAAUGCAUCAAAAGUCUUCGUCCAUUCGUCUAUAAUCGAAGAUUUCACAAACUUAUUGGUGAAUAAAGUGAAGGCCAUGAAGAUUGGAGAUCCUUUGGAUAAAUCGGUUCAUGUCGGAGCCUCCAUCUCAGAGGAUCACAUUAAUAAAGUUUUGGGAUACGUCGAAGAUGCUGUUAAACAUGGAGCGAAGAAAUUGUAUGGAGGAGAAAAAGUAAAGGUACCGGGACUUGAAAAGGGAUUCUACAUGUCGCCUUGUAUCUUGGACAAUGUUCAACCAUCCAUGCGCGCCUAUCGAGAAGAGAUCUUUGGUCCUGUUCUUCUGAUAAUUCCUUUCGAAGACGAAGAAGUAAGUUCGUUAUGCUUAUUUGAUGAUUCAACCGCCCACUUUGUACUAAAAUAUUUCAUGUUACCUUUGUUUCACAGCCAUGAACAUUUUAAGGAAGUCCUCGCUCGAGCCAAUGAAACGGAUUACGGGUUGGCUGCUGGUGUUUUCACAACAGAUCUCAAAAGGGCGCAUACAUUUGCCAACAGAUUGGCAGCUGGAAAUGUGUACGUGAAUACAUUCAACGACGUCUGUAAGUACAAUUUUAAAUUGUCAGGCUUUGUUUUAUCAAGUGGAUAACCUCUCAUUCCUGACGUUGUUCUGUUUUUAUCAGCCAAACAUUAUUUUUCAGCUCCCUGGGUUCCCUUCGGCGGUUAUAAUCAGAGUGGAUAUGGCAGAGAGAACGGUCAGGCUGCUAUUGAGCAUUAUUCACAGCUCAAAUCUAUAUUUAUGAACGUCAGCGGCAAGUUGGACAACCCUUUUCCUUCCAAUUGA